AUGUCCAGCAGUGAGCGAAUAGCAACAUUGAAAGAUGUGCCGCUCGUCUCCUCACCGUUCGCAGAAGUAGCGAUGUUGGGCGACCAACUUUCGAGGGAAGUCGAGAGGUCCAUUCAGCUUCGUGAGGCAGACUUACGCGGUCUAAACGAAACCCUCAUCAACACGAUCAAUAUAGUCGAGCUGGCACGAAAGUUAGGAGCUGGCGGAGCAGGGACAGAAUUUCCUUCCGUCAUUGGAUAUUUUGACAUUGCCAAAACACUGCUUUCGAGCUCCUUGCGCGACAUCUCAAUCUUCAGGAGAGAAAGAGUGUUGAGGUCUCCCGGACUGGACCCUUAUAAGGCCAUGCUUCCUAUAGCAGACUUUCGCUUGCCGGGACCACAGUGGUUCACCGCAUGUCCCGAGCAGUACAUCCGGAACUGUUCGGACGCGAGUUAA